GUGAGCGAUUUCUUACCAACAUACCUCGUCAUUAAUGAAGAGGGGUUAUUUGAAUCACAGAUUCGUCAGACCGAAAAAGAGCAAUUGCCUCGAGGUCAAACCACUACGGAUGUUCUAGCGAACACUUCAUUGGAAAACUAUGUGUCGAUCAUGAAUCAGCUUCUCGGCCCUAAGCCACCCGAUCGCCCGCCCUCGCUCAAUGCCCCACGAUAUGUAUCCGAGCUUCCGGCUCGCCUGGAAGCGAGUGAUAUGGACUACCUUGAGAGUAAAGGAGCUUUAUGCCUUCCCACUGCUCCCUUUCGAAAACAGCUUUUGAGAAGUUAUAUACUGUGGGUACACCCGCAGGUUCCAGCGUUGGAUCUGCCAAGGUUUCUGCGAGCGAUCGCUGCGAACGAUGGCAAAGACCGCAUUAGCCUGCUUUUGUUUCAUGCAGUAAUGUUUGCUGCUUCCGCGUUUGUUGAUAUAUCACACAUUCAGGACGAGGGGUAUGUGUCGCGGAAGGCAGCCCGCGAAGUUUUGUUUCGACGCGUGAAGGUGGUCUUCGAGCUUAAUUGCGAAGAUGACCCUCUCGCAGCGGUGCAAGCCCUGCUUCUUAUCAUCUAUUGGAAUGAUCUACCUCAUGCGGAAAAGGGUGCGCCACAUUGGAUAGGCGUCUGUUUAUCGCUAGCAAUAUCUAUUGGACUCCACCGCACUCCCGAUUCUUCUUCCCUCACAGUUUCGGAGCAAAAAAUGCGCAAACGCACCUGGUGGUGUGUGCACAAUCAUACUCGACUUACUGUGGAAAGUUUGCUUUCCGCGAUACGUAUGCAGGAGGAUCGUCAAGACCGGAAACUUUUCAAUGUUUCUAUGAUCGCGCUCAGCGACUUUGAAAUAAUGCUCUUUCCCCCCGAGCUAAGAGCUGUUGUGGACGAUUGCGAGGUAUUGCGCAACGUUGAUUAUCAGAAGACGUAUGCUCAAGUCUUCAUCGAAAAGGCAAGACUUUGUCAAUUAUCUCGAUUUUCGAGCAUCUUGAAUCGAGUACAGAGGCUGGUUCGCGGAGAAGACAAAGCAGACAGCGAACUGUACUUGGGGGCAAAAUCAACCCAAGUCGAGGUAGAAGAUCUUCAACGAUGGCAGUCUCGGCUACCUGAUACAGUAAAAACCCAGUGUCCAGCGAGUCUUGCCCCGACAGAUUGUGAGCGAAGCAUCUAUUUGCACCAAACCUGGCUUCAACUCCUUUAUCUAGGUUCACUGUAUGGGGCAUGCUGCAAUGACCUGGAAAUUUUGGAUAAAGAUCACGCUGUUUUUGGACAGAUUUCUCGAUCACUCGUGGCCGAAAAAUGUCUCCUGGACAUUACUGAUGUUUUGGACGAAGUGGACAGUUUGGAGCUAUCCGAGCAGCUGCCUUGUCCAACCUCGGCACUUCUAAUAUUUGUUUUGGCCUAUCACCGACAACCCGAUAUUGCUCGGACGCCAGAAAAUACACGCUUUAGCAUUCGCUCACUUCACAAGUGCUGGAAAGUGCUGCGAAAAUUGAAGGAAUCCUCCGAUCUAGCGGCUCAUAUGACCGCUGCGGUCGAACAUGCGGUCUGUGAUGACCUUUGGCUAUCAAUAUCUGAUAUUUCUCUCCCGUGGCAGAAGGCAUCUGUUGCAAAUCGGACACCUAGCACACUAUGGUGA